GAGGAUCACGUGGCGCGGGGCCGCGGCCGAAGCAGAAGUAGCGAGAGCCGGUGGCCGAGGGCGUGAGCCGCGGGGAGUAACCCGAGUCCGGACGCGGGCGGCUGCGCGCGGGACCUGGGAGCCCAAACCCGGGGCAGGCGGGCAGCUGCGCCCGGGCGGCACGGCCAGCCUCCUGAUUUCUCCUGAUUCCUUCCUUCCUCUCUGGAGUGGCCCACAAUGUCCACCAUGGUCAGUGUGGAUUCCCUUGCGGAAUAUGAGAAGAGCCAGAUCAAGAGAGCCCUGGAGCUGGGGACGGUGAUGACUGUGUUCAGCUUCCGCAAGUCCACCCCUGAGCGGAGGACCGUCCAGGUGAUCAUGGAGACACGGCAGGUGGCCUGGAGCAAGACCGCUGACAAGAUCGAGGGCUUCUUGGAUAUCAUGGAAAUAAAAGAAAUCCGCCCAGGGAAGAACUCCAAAGAUUUCGAACGUGCAAAAGCGGUUCGCCAGAAAGAAGAUUGCUGCUUCACCAUCCUGUAUGGCACUCAGUUCGUCCUCAACACACUCAGCUUGGCAGCUGACUCUAAAGAGGAUGCACUUAAUUGGCUCUCCGGCUUGAAAAUCUUACACCAAGAAGCGAUGAAUGCGUCCACACCCACCAUUAUCGAGAGUUGGCUGAGAAAGCAGAUAUAUUCUGUGGAUCAAACUAGAAGAAACAGCAUCAGUCUCCGAGAGCUGAAGACCAUCUUGCCCCUGAUCAACUUUAAAGUGAGCAGUGCCAAGUUCCUUAAAGAUAAGUUUGUGGAAAUAGGAGCACACAGAGAUGAGCUCAGCUUUGAACAGUUCCAUCUCUUCUAUAAAAAACUUAUGUUCGAGCAGCAAAAAUCGAUUCUCGAUGAAUUCAAAAAGGAUUCGUCCGUGUUCAUCCUGGGGAACACAGACAGGCCGGAUGCCUCCGCUAUUUACCUGCAUGACUUCCAGAGGUUUCUCAUACAUGAACAGCAGGAGCAUUGGGCUCAGGAUCUGAGCAAAGUUCGUGAGCGGAUGACAAAGUUCAUCGAUGACACCAUGCGCGAAACUGCUGAGCCUUUCUUGUUUGUGGAUGAGUUCCUCACGUACCUGUUUUCACGAGAAAACAGCAUCUGGGAUGAGAAGUAUGACGCGGUGGACAUGCAGGACAUGAACAACCCCCUGUCUCAUUACUGGAUCUCCUCGUCACAUAACACGUACCUCACAGGUGACCAGCUGCGGAGCGAGUCGUCCCCGGAAGCUUACAUCCGCUGCCUGCGCAUGGGCUGUCGCUGCAUUGAACUGGACUGCUGGGACGGGCCCGAUGGGAAGCCCAUCAUCUACCACGGCUGGACGCGGACCACCAAGAUCAAGUUUGACGACGUCGUACAGGCCAUCAAAGAGCACGCCUUUGUUACCUCAAGCUUCCCAGUGAUCCUGUCCAUCGAGGAGCACUGCAGUGUGGAGCAGCAGCGUCACAUGGCCAAGACCUUCAAGGAAGUGUUUGGCGACCUGCUGCUGAUGAAGCCCACAGAGGCCAGCGCUGACCAGCUGCCCUCGCCCAGCCAGCUGCGGGAGAAGAUCAUCAUCAAGCAUAAGAAACUGGGUCCCCGAGGCGACGUGGAUGUCAACGUGGAGGACAAGAAGGAUGAGCACAAGCAACAGGGAGAGCUGUACAUGUGGGAUUCCAUUGACCAGAAAUGGACUCGGCACUACUGCGCCGUUGCCGAUGCCAAGCUGUCCUUCAGUGAUGACAUUGAACAGACUACGGAGGAGGAAGUGCCCCAGGAUAUACCCCCUACAGAGCUACAUUUUGGGGAGAAAUGGUUCCACAAGAAGGUGGAGAAGAGGACGAGUGCCGAGAAGUUGCUGCAGGAAUACUGCAUGGAGACGGGGGGCAAGGACGGCACCUUCCUGGUUCGGGAGAGCGAGACCUUCCCCAAUGACUACACCCUGUCUUUCUGGCGGUCAGGCCGGGUCCAGCACUGCCGGAUCCGUUCCACCACGGAGGGUGGAACCCUGAAGUACUACCUGACUGACAACCUCACCUUCAGCAGCAUCUACGCCCUCAUCCAGCACUACCGCGAGACGCACCUGCGCUGCGCCGAGUUCGAGCUGCGGCUCACGGACCCUGUGCCCAACCCCAACCCCCACGAGUCCAAGCCGUGGUACUAUGAGAGCCUGAGCCGCGGAGAGGCAGAGGACAUGCUGAUGAGGAUCCCCCGGGACGGAGCCUUCCUGAUCCGGAAGCGAGAGGGAAGCGACUCCUACGCCAUCACCUUCAGGGCUAGGGGCAAGGUGAAGCAUUGUCGAAUCAACCGGGAUGGCCGGCACUUUGUGCUGGGGACCUCCGCCUAUUUUGAGAGCCUGGUGGAGCUCGUCAGUUACUACGAGAAGCAUUCACUCUACCGAAAGAUGAGACUGCGCUACCCCGUGACCCCUGAGCUCCUGGAGCGCUACAACAUGGAAAGAGAUAUAAACUCCCUCUACGAUGUCAGCAGAAUGUAUGUGGAUCCCAGUGAAAUCAAUCCAUCCAUGCCUCAGAGAACCGUGAAAGCUCUGUAUGACUACAAAGCCAAGCGAAGCGAUGAGCUGAGCUUCUGCCGUGGCGCUCUCAUCCACAAUGUCUCCAAGGAGCCCGGGGGCUGGUGGAAAGGAGACUAUGGAACCAGGAUCCAGCAGUACUUCCCAUCCAACUACGUCGAGGACAUCUCAACGGCAGAUGUCGAGGAGCUGGAAAAGCAGAUUAUUGAAGACAAUCCCUUAGGGUCUCUUUGCAGAGGAAUAUUGGACCUCAAUACCUAUAACGUCGUGAAAGCCCCACAGGGAAAAAACCAGAAGCCCUUUGUCUUCAUCCUGGAGCCCAAGAAGCAGGGCGAUCCUCCGGUGGAGUUUGCCACAGACAGGGUGGAGGAGCUCUUCGAGUGGUUUCAGAGCAUCCGAGAGAUCACCUGGAAGAUUGACACCAAGGAGAACAACAUGAAGUACUGGGAGAAGAACCAGUCCAUCGCCAUCGAGCUCUCUGACCUGGUUGUCUACUGCAAACCAACCAGCAAAACCAAGGACAACUUAGAAAAUCCUGAUUUCCGAGAAAUCCGCUCCUUUGUGGAGACGAAGGCUGACAGCAUCACCAGACAGAAGCCCGUCGACCUCCUGAGGUAUAAUCAAAAGGGCCUGACCCGCGUCUACCCAAAGGGACAAAGAGUUGACUCUUCAAACUACGACCCCUUCCGCCUCUGGCUGUGCGGUUCUCAGAUGGUGGCACUCAAUUUCCAGACGGCAGAUAAGUUCAUGCAGAUGAAUCACGCGUUGUUUUCUCUCAAUGGGCGCACGGGCUACGUUCUGCAGCCUGAGAGCAUGAGGGCAGAGAAAUAUGACCCAAUGCCACCCGAGUCCCAGAGGAAGAUCCUGAUGACGCUGACGGUCAAGGUUCUCGGUGCUCGCCAUCUCCCCAAACUUGGACGAAGUAUUGCCUGUCCCUUUGUAGAGGUGGAGAUCUGUGGAGCCGACUAUGACAACAACAAGUUCAAGACGACGGUUGUGAAUGAUAAUGGCCUCAGCCCUAUCUGGGCUCCAACACAGGAGAAGGUGACAUUUGAAAUUUAUGACCCAAACCUGGCAUUUCUGCGCUUUGUGGUUUACGAAGAAGAUAUGUUCAGUGAUCCCAACUUUCUUGCUCAUGCCACUUACCCCAUUAAAGCAAUCAAAUCAGGAUUCAGGUCUGUUCCUCUGAAGAAUGGGUACAGCGAGGACAUAGAGCUGGCUUCCCUCCUGGUUUUCUGUGAGAUGCGGCCAGUCCUGGAGAGCGAAGAGGAACUUUACUCCUCCUGUCGCCAGCUAAGGAGGCGGCAAGAAGAACUGAACAACCAACUCUUUCUGUAUGACACACACCAGAACUUGCGCAAUGCCAACCGGGAUGCCCUGGUUAAAGAGUUCAAUGUUAAUGAGAACCAGCUCCAGCUGUACCAGGAGAAAUGCAACAAGAGGUUAAGAGAGAAGAGAGUCAGCAACAGCAAGUUUUACUCAUAGAAGCUGGAUUAUGUGUCCUGCCAUCAAGGUGACAUUUCUGAAGACCCAACUGGCAUGAGCUGGGGUAACUUCCUGCCACUAUUUUCAUCUUGGACAACUUCCUUAACUUAUAUUCUUUAUAGAGGAUUCCCCAAAAUGUGCUCCUCAUUUUUGGCCUCUCAUGUUCCAAACCUCAUUGAAUAAAACCAAUGAAAACCUUGAUCACUUAAGCCUUCUGUUGCACAACCUGUACACAGUAAACAGGAUUUCUUUUCUGGCCAAGAAGAUUCUACCUCUAAUGAUCCAGGUAAUUGACGUCCAUAGAAGAUGAGCUGGAAAUGUAAGAAACUAUUCAUUAGAUUCUGAAAAGGAUUUUAACUAAAAGGCAAAUAAUUCCAUAAGGGCCCAAAGAGAAGCCCUACCCAAAGGCAGCCUGCUCAGUUCAAUGUACUUUACUACCACUGGCUGCCUGCUGCAGUCCACAAGAAAAUGGCUGAGUGAUGGGAUCUCUUCAUUAAGACAAUUUCUAAUGAAUGGUGAGGGCUUGUUUUGUGACCAGAGUUACUGGGAUGGAGGUGGGAAUCUUGGGGCCUCUUUGUUUUAAAAAGCCCACCAGAGAGACCAGAGCUCUGCUGCAGGGGCAGGUUCUCACUUGCCCCUGGCUCUGCCAGCUGCUGGUAGGCUCUGUCCCCACUAAUCCCCCAUGGCCCUACUGAACUGGCUGGGAGGCUGCUGGAAAGGCCCUCGGUCCACAGCUCUCCACAGGCAAGAGGUCAAUUGCUGCUUGAAAGAGGUAGACAAAAGUUAGGUUGAUGGCGAAAUGUCUCUGGGUUACCCAGUUUUCUGGAGCAGCAAGCUGAGCUUUAAUGGGCUAAGCAUUAGGGUGUUACAGAAAAUUUCAAAUGCAGCCAUCUCCCUUGGGGCAAACCUACCUAGUUCAUGAUAAUACGUGCGGCUGGUGAGGGCUUUACACCUCUGCAUCUUAAGAUACUAACAGAUACCAGUGAUGUAAUAUGGCUUUUUAAAGGAGAGGAGAGUGCUGGGUUGGGAAGGGAGUUGGUUGGUAGAGUCAAAACUUCUCAAUGAGUGAAUUUACAACUGAUGGGAAAACGGGUGUAACUGUGAAAAGCAAUGGCUAUGGUGGGGAAGAACAAACCAGCAGUAAGCCUGAUGCUUGAUGUGGAUGGAACUGGCCCCUAGAAACCCAUCUGGCCCUCCUCUUGUUAUCUGAAAUGCUGGGCUUAGCAUGCAUGUACUGCUGAAGAGCAGGGCAGAACGAAUCAGGCUCAGACCAGAAGACCCUUCUGGUCCCGUCACUCUACAAAAACUUACUGAUCACCUCCACAUGCCAAAUACAGUGCCAAGAUUUGGGGGUGUGAUGUUAAAAAAAUAAAAAGCUAUGGGUCUCAUCAAUCAUCUCCAUCCACGAGCUCCUAAAAGAAAGGUAUUUACCUUGCCUGAAGCCAGGAAUACAGGGAACAGCAGUCUGGCCAAGGAAGGGCUGUUAUGGGGUGCUAUUACUCCAGUUACUCCUCCAACUGGGAGUUUGCUCUUUUAUUUGGCAGUCAGCAACUGAAGAAAGAACAUUCCUCUUAGUGGCAGAUGUUCAAAGCAACUUUCAAGAAAGGCUGGGUGAAAAAGGCACUAUGAUGAGUGCUACAGGCACUCCGUAGCCAGGGCCCCAUUCACCUUUGGCCAGGUAGCUACCAGAACCUAUUUAUUGCUCCUGGCAUCUCCCCCAACUCCUCUUAGCUCUGUCAUGACUUCUACACAGUAUAGCUCAGGUGUUGCUGUCAUUACCUCCUUUCAGCUCCCCACUUCAUUCUGCUCUAAAGCCACAGUGCUAAGGCCUGCAUCCCCUUUCUGCCCAAAAUGGAUUUUCCAUACCUUAUCAAAGAAAUUGACAUAUGGCAGCAUAGGAAGCAGAAGCUAAACCUCUCUCCAGCUGCUGCUGUGUAAAACCCAUGCAUGGCCAAAGAGCAGUCAGGGGAUUAUGACAUAAAUGGUGCUGGGAAGAACCCUCUGCCUAAAACUGUCUCCUCCUCCUGGUGCUACAACUGGAAUCCACCAUUAGAAAGUACUUGCUUUGGUUCCUUCCUCCUGUCCUUGACAGAGUAACACGUUGAUCUGGUUCUUGGUGGUGUUAGGGACUGAUUCUCUCAGGAAAGGCACACAUGGUACCGUGGCUGUUUCCAGAGUCUAUUUGAUGCUACAUAACCUCCGUAUCUAGCUGAGAUAUGCCUCCUACAUGACUGUUAAAGCAUAGGCAAUCCAGGCCAAGAAGACUCGGAACAGGCAUGUUCUGAAAGAUGGAAGCAGCACUGAUAGAUCAAAACCACCACUGCACAUGUGUUACAUUGUUUUUGUUCCCCAUUUUCCUAAGUGGGUUAUUUAGAAUAUUGGUGAUUACAUGGAAAAAUAAAGUGGGGAGGCUGGUUAGGCCUUGUGAGUUUGGGAAACUUAGGUUAUAAAAGCUAAACAGUUUUUCUACUGUGAGACUAGA